AUGACCACUGCGGGCAGCAAGUGCGAGUUGCCGGCGUCACCCGCAACAUCAUCGUCGUCUUCUGUCGCCAACAACAGCAGCAGCAAUGCAUACACCAACCCAUUGCAGCGAUAUAUCUCAGCGAGGGAGGUAGCUCGGGAGCAGAUAUUCCGCCAGAAGGACAUACCGCGUUCGAUCAGUUCCACCGCCGCGAAAAAUUCCACCAGUCAAGCUUCGGUCACCGGGUCGUCAUUAUCCGCGUCCAACAGCCCGCGCUUUUCGGCGCUGCCGCCAAUAACCGAAUCUAUCCUCAAGGUGGUUCUCAUUGGUGACUCGGGUGUAGGCAAAUCCAAUCUUGUCAUGCGUUUCACCAAAAACAAAUACAUGCCACACAGCGUGCAGACCGUGGGCUUCGAGUUCGCCACCAAAACAAUUCGCGUCGGAGACCGCAGACUUAGAGCACAGAUAUGGGAUACCGCUGGACAGGAGCGAUUCCAGUCGCUCACUGCUGCCUAUUACCGCAACGCAGUGGGCGCCAUGAUCGUCUACGACAUCACGAACCGCAGUUCCUUCGAGCACGUAACCGGUUGGCUAGCUCAGGUGCACGAGCAUUCGCAUGAGAGCCUCGUGCUGAUCCUCGUGGGGAAUAAAUGCGACCUGGCUCACUUGCCGGAAAGUAGACAAGUUUCAACACUUGAAGCCGCGAGGUUUGCAGCGAAACAUUCGAUGGAAUUCCUUGAGACAUCGGCAUUGGACGCGACCAACGUCGUGGACGCCUUCAAGAAGCUCAUUGUCCCAGUGGGACGUCUACUGUCCCCGACUGAACCGAAGAAAAUAGUGCGGUUACCCCCAGGAUGGAGACGCGUUCUUUCAAGGACCAGACCGGGCGAAUACUCAUACGAGAACCAGUACACCAAGGAGCGCAUCUCAUUUGCGCCGAAAGAACCUGCAAAGCCAUCGCAGCAAAGUUUUCGAACGACUUGGAAUGGAUCGAAGAGCGGAUCUACGAGUGCGGUUACCGUCACACGCGAGAGUCUCCAGAAACAGCAUCAGAAGGCAUACCUCGCACAGAGUCAGACACCGCAAUGUGGACCGAGCGCCGCCGCUACGCGGCGAUAA